AUGCUGCGCGAGGCACUUCAAGAGCUGGCUGAUGACUGGGUCGCGUCUUCUCCUCUCUUCGGACACUGCAAAUCGCUGUUUGUGGCUUUCCAGGUUUUUGCACAACAAAGCACAGAAGAAUUCUACAAGAACUGUGGCAGUCUUGGCACCCAGGGGCGGCGCACAUGGUUGGAGUCCCAGAUCGCAUCAGAAACAACCCUCGAUGUUGCCUUUGGAGUCCUGACUGCAUAUGCAAACGCUUUCGGCGAGGAGCCUCCCCAGGAAGAGCCCACUUCAACUAUGGUGGAUGCUCUCAUCUUUUUCACUCUUCGCGUUCAAAGCGCCACCACGGGGCUUGGGAAGGCGCUGCAGGGCUUCCUUUCCUCGGAAAGUGAAGAGAGUCGCCUCGACCUCACUGACAAGCUCCGAGAUGCCGGCAUAUGGGUGCAGCAAGCUUGGGGCGUGCUGGCCACCCCGGGCGUGGGCAGAAACAGCGUUUCGGUGGAGAAGCUGAGAGAUGCAGUCUACAGAUUAGGCGAGAAAUGCUCGGCCGCGAGCUCGGCUUUGAGCGCUGCACUGCAGCGCAAAAGCUGA